UAUGUUCUCCUAUUUAAUGUCAUGGCUGAACGGAGUACAGAGAACAACUGUCCAAUUGUGCCAAACUGACAAAGGGUAUGGAUUUACCGCCACGUAACACUGAUGAUAGCCAGGGGGUGGAGCUUCAGCAUGUUAAUGUGGUAACUACUGAGUGUCGUGAGAACCUGGCAUUUACAAUAGAGUCCGAAGGACAGGGACCUCCUCCUUACAGCAACGGAAACAAAACUAACCCUGAACAUAAACCAAAACAUCACACAGACUGGAUCAACGGUAGUGCUAAUGGUCACGUUACCAAAAUUAAUGUGCCUCCCGCAUCCACACAAGAUGCAGAAGGUGGAGGGUUAUCUCCCCCUGAUACAGGUGGGGGUAGGCGGCGCCACCGAAGUGAAGGGGCACUUAAUACGCUGACUGUCACGAACAAUGCAGCUUCACAAAAGUCUGGGAAUCUGCUGGAUCCAAACUAUCGUAAAAACUCCAUGUAUGAAAGUCGCAGCACAAUCAGUGGUGUUAAGUUUGACGACUCAUUUAUUGAAGAUAACAAGAGCUUUGACUACGGGUCUGAAUCCGAUGGCGAUGAGAGUGGCCUGACUCUGAUGUAUUCACGUCAUGAGAAGUUGCCUCUGAAGGACUUUUCCUUAGAGAUUCGCGCAGCCAUGGACAUCCAGCGCUUCCUCAAUAAAACUGUGCUGCUACUGGACCUAAACAAACUCAGUUUGGAUGAAAUAAUUGAUGAAAUUCUUCAUAAGAUGUUAGACGGGACAGAGGGUGAGGUCAGCUUUGACCAGGCACGGUCAGCCCUGUUUACCCAUGAUUACGUACACAUGCUAAGUCGGACGUUACAAUGUACCAGCAUAUCAGAGGGAGGAGGGUUUGACUAUGACCAAAACUGGAUAUGUGCGAUGGCUAGUGUGCCAUCCAUUCUCACCCGACAUGUUGGCAUCGCAAGGCUGCGUAAUGCGGCUAAUCUGGGUACCAGUAGUCAGGAGGUGUACUUUGUGAUAGUGGUCCUCACACCUACAAAGGAGAAAGGAACCAAAAAUGAAGUAGAGACUGGUCGAACAUUUGCCACAAUUUUCUCCGAUCUUGACUUCCGCUUGAAUUUGCUUGCUGCCUCCAGUGAAGAGGAGUUCAAGUCAAUCCUGGAACAGCACACCAAGGAGCUGGCUGACCGUCAAAUGAGUUCAACCAACAAAGUACCUGUCUACGACACAGAUAGUAACAAGGGAGGAUGUAAAUGUGGUAUAUUUAAGGGCAUUCGAGACGAUCUCCGUAGACGACUACCACAUUAUUUUUCAGACUUCAAGGAUGGGAUCUUUGGACCAAAGACAAUUCAGAAGACUUUAUCUACAACCCUUUUCCUCUAUUUUGCUUGUCUUAUGCCAUCCAUCGCCUUUGGAGUUCUCAACUCAGAAAACACGGAUAAAGUGCUAACGGUGGAGAAGGUGCUGUAUUCACAGACCUUUGGUGGCCUGGUGUUUGCUUUAUUUGGAGGGACACCACUUAUAGUCUUACUGACCACAGCACCCCUCGCUCUUUACACAAAGAUUAUCCACACUAUUUGUAAAGAAUUCAGUCUGGAUUUUCGUGCAAUGUAUGCCUGUGUUGGUCUGUGGAACAGCUUCUUUCUCUUCCUCUAUGCUACGUUUGACCUAAGUGUCCUCAUGCAGUGGUCAACCAGGUCCUCAGAGGAAAUCUUUGCUCUGUUCAUUGCGAUAGCCUUCUGUGUUGAUGCCUUUAAAAAUACAGCAAAAAAUUUUGGGGAUCAUUACAACAUUCCAAAUUGCCAAUCUGAGAGUGUGUCCAGUACUGGGUUGGCAGCAAUCACUAAUGUGACGGCUAAUAUAUCUGCCAAUGUCUCGGAAACGGUAGAGGAGGCCACAAAGGGAUGUGAGCGUGAUGUCAGUCUCCUGUACCUACUACUGCUUCUGGGUACUCUGUGGGUUGGAGUCAUGCUCUACAACUUUACUAAGACGCCUUACCUGAAUGCAGGGAAGAGAGAACUGUUGGCUGACUAUGCCCUGCCAGUAUCCGUUGUCGUCAUGAGCUUAAUUGGAGCUUUAGCCUUUAAAGAUGUUGACCUUGGGAAGAGUUUUGAUGGAGCAGGGAAUGGAUUCUCCAUCUUCAGUCUUGUCCCCUUCCAUACUCUGUCAUGGGGGGCUGUGCUGGGGGCUAUGGGGCUCGGCUUCUGUCUCUCCUUACUAUUCUUCAUGGACCAGAACAUCUCCGCAGCACUGGUGAAUGCUCCACAGAACAAGAUGAAGAAGGGAACAUCCUACCAUUGGGAUCUAGUUGUUGUUGGACUUAUCAAUAUGUUACACAGCCUGGUGGCCUUCCCCUGGGUACACGCUGCACUCCCACACUCCCCGUUACAUGUGCGUGCCCUUGCUGAUGUAGAGGAACGAGUCGACCAGGGACACAUUUACCAGAUAAUAGUGAAGGUGCGUGAGACUAGGCUGACAGCCAUUUUAUCUCACAUCCUCAUUGGUCUGUCGCUACUGAUCCUCGACAUCCUAGCUUUUAUACCCACUCCGGUUCUCUACGGCCUCUUCCUUUACGUGGGAGUGACCUCCCUUGAUGGAAACCAGAUGUUCGAGAGGAUCAUGCUUCUAUUCACUGAACAAUCUGCCUAUCCUCCCAACCAUUACAUCCGCCGAGUGCCACAAAGGAAGAUGCACCUGUUCACCCUGCUGCAGCUUCUACAGCUCAUUGUCCUUUGUGGAUUUGGCUUUGUACCAUAUCCUUACCUCAAGAUGUUUUUCCCUGUGCUUAUCUUUCUCCUCAUUCCUCUUAGGCACAAAGUGAUUCCUCACGUCAUAGAACAUAAAUACCUGAAGGCAAUGGAUAGCCAUUAACUGUAUCAACCUGGCAC